UUUGAGUUUCUUCAGCACUCUUUGUCUCUAAACACUCUUUACAUUCAACCAGCUUCAUGAGGUGCAUCAUGGGAUUCUUCAUAAACAGUAUUGAAGGAGUUCACACUAAUCCUAAAUAAUGUCUCUUUCCAGUCAUGUCAUCCUCCAUGAGUUCACUGUCUGAGGAGAUUCAGUGCUCUGUAUGUCUGGAUGUGUUCACUGAUCCAGUCUCGACUCCAUGUGGACACAACUUCUGCAAGAUCUGUCUGAAUAAGUGCUGGGACAACAGCCAGACCUGCAGCUGUCCAUACUGUAAAGAAACAUUCAAGCAAAGACCUGAUCUCAAGAUUAAUACCACACUCCGAGAGCUCGUAGGUCACUGUAAGAAGAAAAGUCCUGAGAAAACAACUGAAGUUCUGUGUGACUUCUGUGAGGAAAGAAAGCUGAAAGCGCUGAAGUCGUGUCUGGUGUGUCAGAGCUCUUACUGUGAAACUCACCUGGAGCCUCAUUUGAGAGUGACACGUUUGAAGAAACACAAACUGAUGGAUCCUGUGAGUAAUCUGGAGGACUAUAUAUGUCAGAAACACGAGAGACCUCUGGAUCUGUUCUGUAGAGAUGAUCAGACAUGUGUGUGUUCAUUCUGCACCGAGACAGACCACAAGAACCACAACACUGUUCCUAUAGAAGAGGAGAGUCAAGAGAAGAAGAUUCUUCUGUUAGCAAACACUGCUAAUAAUGUGUUGCCUGUCCUGGUUGAGCAGAGAAACACAGAGAAGGAGAAAGCAGUCCGUGUGGAGCUCUUGACUGAUCUCAUCCGCUCCAUUGAGAGACAUCAGACUGAACUGCUGGAGAUGAUGGAGGAGCAGCAGAAAGCAGCAGAGAAACAGGAGCAAGAGCUGAUUGAAGAGCUGGAGCAGGAGAUCACUGAGCUAAAGAUGAGAAACACUGAGCUGGAGCAGCUCUCACACACUGAAGAUCACCUCCACCUCCUACAGAUUCACUCAUCCCUGUGCAGCUCUAGAAACACCAGGAACUGGUCUGAGAUCAGUAUGAAGACUCAUGAGAGUCUGGAGACUCUGAGGAGAGCUCUGACUCAACUGAAGGACACUAUAGAUGAGAAACUCACACUAACUGAGCUGAAGUGGAUGCAGCAGUAUGCAGUGGAUGUGACUCUGGAUCCUGAUACAGCUCAUCCUGAUCUCAUUCUGUCUGAUGAUGGAAAACAAGUGAGAUGUGGAGACAUUAGACAGAAACUCCCAGACAAACCAGAGAGAUUUGAUACAUGUGUUGACGUCUUGGGAAAGGAGGGAUUCUCCUCAGGGAGAUUUUAUUUUGAGGUGCAGGUGAAGGGAAAGACUGACUGGGAUUUAGGAGUGGCCAGAGAAUCCAUUAACAGGAAGGGACAGAUCACACUGAGUCCCAGAGAUGGAUACUGGACUGUGUGGCUGAGGAAUGGAGAUGAAUAUAAAGCCUGUGAGGAUCCUCGUGUCUCUCUGUCUCUGAGAGUGAAGCCGCAGCGGGUCGGUGUGUUUGUGGAUUAUGAGGAGGGUCUGGUCUCCUUUUAUGAUGUGGAGUCCAGCUCUCAUAUCUACUCUUUCACUGCUCAGUCUUUCACUGAAAAACUCUAUCCAUUAUUUAGCCCAUGCCCUAAUGAUGGAGGUAAAAACUCAAGCCCACUGAUCAUCACACCUGUCCGUUAUAAUAAAUGAAUUUACUCAGUUAUCAAAUGAAAAUGAAAGAUUAAAAUAAUACAUUUUGUAAUAAAAAACCUGGAAACAUUAUGUGCUGCUAUUUCUUAUCAUUUGCUUUUCAGUUUUUAAAAUCUAAAUGAUCUUAUCACAUAUUUUUUAUGUAUAUAUAAUUCUUGUUCAGUAAAUGAUAUUUUGUUCAACUUUUCAUAAAUAUUCCUGCUAUUUUUCUUCCUGAUAAUGUGAAAUUGCCAUCUGUGCAAAGUUGGUGCAAUAAAAUAAUGUAAUAGUUAACAAUCA